AUGAGCUCGUCUAGAGCCUUUCAAUGGGCCAGGGACUUCUACAACCACCCCGCUGGCCCUAAGACUGUCUUCUUCUGGGCUCCUACUUUCAAAUGGAGCCUUGGGCUAGCCAACAUCGCUGACUACAAUCGGCCUCCAGAAAAGGUUUCCUACCCGCAACAAUCGGCAGCCGCGGUGACCGGCCUCAUCUUCAUGAAGUACAGUGUCGACAUUGUCCCCGUCAACUGGAAUCUCUUCAGCGUCAACGCUUUCCUCUCCGCAACCGCCAUGUGGCAGCUUGCACGAAAGCUCCACCAAGAUUACGUAGUGGUGCGUUUUGUUAUUCUGUUUGAUCUCCCGUUCUCCCACUUCCCAAGUGAUCUCCCGUUCUCCCACUUCCCAAGUGAUCUCCCGUUCUCCCACUUCCCAAGUGAUCUCCCGUUCUCCCACUUCCCAAGUGAUCUCCCGUUCUCCCACUUCCCAAGUGAUCUCCCGUUCUCUCACUUCCCAAGUGAUCUCCCGUUCUCCCACUUCCCAAGUGAUCUCCCGUUCUCCCACUUCCCAAGUGAUCUCCCGUUCUCCUACUUCCCAAGUGAUCUCCCGUUCUCCCACUUCCCAAGUGAUCUCCCGUUCUCCCACUUCCAAGUGAUCUCCCGUUCUCCCACUUCCCAAGUGAUCUCCCGUUCUCCCACUUCCAAGUGA